AUGUCCUGGGACAUUGAGGAUUUUGUAUCGCGAUGUUCCACAUGCAACAGAUUCAAGCCCAAGCAGAUAAAGGAACCUCUAAUUCCUCACAAAGUACCUGAUUGGCCAUGGCAGAAGCUGGGAAUGGACUUAUCCCAGUUUGGUCACAGAAACUAUCUUGUAGUAGUAGACUAUUUCUCCAAAUAUCCUGAAAUUUGCAUGCUAGAGAACAAAACGGCUAGCAACGUUAUCACCCAGCUGAAGUCGAUACUAGCAAGGCAUGGCAUCCCAGAGGUCAUCAUGUCUGACAACAUGAUAUUCAGUUCUAGAACAUUCAGAGAGGAAAUGGGACAUAGAACUAGUGACGUCGAGUCUAACGGUCUUAGUGAACGGAUGGUGCAAACCAUCAAGAAUUUUCUCAGGAAAGCUGAGGAAGACAACAGUGACCCAUAUAUUGCAGUGCUGGAAUACAGGAACACUCCGUUAGCAGGAACGGACUAUUCGCCAGCACAGCUAUUGAUGAGCAGGAAGUUGAUGUCAAGGAUACCCACUCAUUGA